AUGGGGUUCGUCAGAUACGCGAAGACACAGGCAUCCAACGCCCUCCAUGCCUGCCAACUCACCACUGCGUCGGAUGCCUGUCGACUAAACUCGCGCUUCGAAUCAUUCCGGGAGGGUCGUGCAUCGGGGGUCUCGAAUUGUCUCCAGCUUUUCGGGGUUUCUCCAGGCGCGCAUUCGCGUUCUGCACAACAUGAACGGCCCCGCCUUGGCGCCAAUCACGAUGUUGGUUGCGGUGGAUUACUGCAGCCGCGUCUCGACGAAGAUCCAGCGGCAAAUUUCCUGGUUGCGACUGCGUCUACUGCGGGGCAAAAGGAUGGCCAAAACACCCCAAACUCAAAAGGCCCAGAGCCGAUUGUUACUCCGUUAGCUCCAAUGGCAUUGGCAGAAGGUCUGUACUCUUGCUUUCUGUUUUUUUCGUGCUCCCAUACUUGCGUACACCCCCUGGAUCUUCCCUUCCCGUUCCUCCCCCUUCCCCCCAGCCCCUCCAUUUUGCUCGUGUUUCGCGAGAACACUGACGAGGGAGAGCCUUGUUCCUUCUAUCUUUGA